AUGGGGUUCCUCAAGGUUUUGGCACUUCUCUCAGCAAGCGCUCUGUUUGCCUUGGAUUCGUCAGCCAGCAUAUCCCUUCAGGAACAGCUCGGCACCGGUGAAAAUGUGCAGCCCAAGAUAGAUGCUGGAGGCGACGCCAUUGUGAAUGAAGCUGAUGUCCCAAAAGUAGAUGAUCUGGAAAAACCAGAGGAGGCAGAAGAUAUUCAGGGGUCACCCCUUGACGUUGCUCUUCUACAGGAAGGCGAACUAGGUGCUGCCGGCGCAGAUAGUCAAAGCAGCAGCAGCUCAUCCACAACAACCACGACGAAAGCAACUUCAACAGGAACAACAGCAGUAACUACAACAACAACAGAAACAACUAAUGUGGAAGUUCUUAGGCCGUCGGCUGCGUCUUCGUCCGUCGCAAACCUCACGGCGGCUGCCUCUGCUGUUAUUUUGAGUUUCUUAUACUGCUGA